AUUUACUUCAAGUUAAUUUAUUUCUAGAAACCAAAACACAAAUCAAUUAGACUUGUAAUUUAUUUGUAUUUAUUUUGAUUCUUGAUAUAAGUUGAGAUACAUAAAGUUUUAAACAUAAACUUCUAUGUACGUUUCAAUAGAAGAUUUUAAAGAUCAUCUCAGUUAAAAUAAAUAAUAAAAAUGGACAACAGCAAUGUGGCUUAUCAGAGAAAGAAUCAUGUCUUAUCGGAUUCCUCGAAUAGGCUUAAAACACUCGUUAAGGGUGAUCACGAAGACGACGAAGACGAGUUGAAGAGUGUUCCAGCCUUGGAUACUAGCAAAAAGGACUCAAAUGCAUUGGAAAAAAAGAAACCAGACACGAAGGUCGCUAAUGUUGAUGAUGAGGAUGAAGUUGUUGAGGAAGGAGACCCAAAUAGAGUACGCUUGUGUGGGUACCUGCAAUUACAUUUGUAUUUCUUUUCUUUGUUAUUCGGAGGAUUUGUUUGCUACUUUCGACACCACGAGGCAAUAAAAGAUACCUACCCGAGGUUUUUGAAGAAUUUUUACCUUUUGCUCAAGAGAAGGAACGCACAUGUAUUUGCAGAACAUGGGUUCAAAUUGUGGACCAAUCUUAGCGAGAAAACGAAAAAAACCAUAGUAAGAUAUUUCAGUUAUGGAACAAUUUUCCUAAACCUUUAUCCAGUUCUAACUUCACCUUCCAAGCCAAGGAAGAACAAAGAUGGAGAGGUUAUUCCCGAUCCUCAAAGAGAAGCCCAGGUAAAGCUCAACAAGACUGUUAUUAAAUAUGGUUCGUCCUUUUUCAGAACUAUCUCUGCAACCCUUUUUUGUGGAUUACUAGGCUAUGAUUUGGCGUAUAACCUCCCAUAUCUCAAGGCUCUAUUUACCAGAAAAUAAUUUUCUAACAACACACAAAA